AUGGCCGGCGGCAGGUCGGUAGAGGCGGCGUCCCGCGGGCCCAGCCAUUCGGCGCCCUACGGCCAGGCAUGCCUGCACUGCUUCAAGGCCAAGUGCCGCUGCGUGUCUCGGCCCGACGGCGACGGCUGUGAGCGAUGCCACCGCCUGCAAAAGACGUGCCACUCGUCCGAGGCCAUCCGCAAGCGCAGCCGGCCGAAAGCAUCGGCCGCCGGGGCGACGGCGGGAGUACUGCGGUCUGCGGACGCCACCGAGGAGCGCGUCGCCACCAUCGAGGAGAAGCUGGACGGCAUCAUGACGAUGCUGCAGGCGGUGACACAGGCGCCGGCCAAGGCGGCGGCGGCGGCGCUGCGGGACGUCUUUGGCGGGCGGAUGGACGAGCACCUACGGGGUGUGUUGCACGACGGCGACAGCGACGGGACGCAGAUGGAGCAGCAGCCGCUGCCGCUGCCACCGCCCAUUGGCCAACGGCCACAGACGCAGAGUCCGCGUCAAUCAGAUACACCGACCUCUCUGUCGACCAGCCCGGCCACUGUCGAGGGCGCCCCAGGAGCCGGCGCUGCCGCAUUGGCACGCAUACCGUCGCCCGUACUCUAUGAAUCGCUGUCCCAGGAGGCACGCGACCACGCCUGGUCGGUCUUCCGGUCGACCUACCUGCCGUAUUGCCCGUUUCUGUGGUUCCCGCCCGAGACGACGUCCGCCCAGCUGCAGCGCCAUCGGCCCUUUCUCCUCCGCUGCAUCGUCGCGUCGACCACGACGCUUGUGCGCGACAAGGCGGCCCAGGGCCGCGCCAUCAAGGAGCAGCUGGCGCGCGAGAUGCUCGUCGACAACCGGUCGAACAUGGAUCUGCUGCUGGGCCUGCUGGUGUUCAUUGCCUGGGGCUCGGAUCCCAUGGUCAGCCGCAGCGGCACGCUGUCGCGGCUGGUGAUGCUGGCGCUCUCUUUGGUCUGCGACAUGCGCCUCCACAAGCCGCUGCCGGCCGACCAGCACAUGGUGACGACGUACACAGGCGACGACCCAAAGUGCGACGAGAAGGGAUACGAGAGGGUGCCUGCAGCUGCCGGCGUUGCCGCAGGCGUUGCAGACGUUGCAGACGUUACAGACACUGACGGCAUCCAUCUCUCCGACAGCGAGGAGACACUUGCGAAGCAGCGGGCCGUGUUGGGCUGCUUCCUCAUUGCGUCGUCAACCUCCAUUUACUUUGCACAGAUUGACGGCAUGCGCUGGACGCCGCAGAUGGCCGGCUGCCUGCGCGCCGUCGAGGCACACACGGCUUGUCCCGGCGACGUCGUGCUGGCCUACCAGGUCCGUCUGCAGCAAAUCGUGCAGCGGGCCGUCCACGCGCGCGAGCACGAGGCCGCCCUGCCGCUCUACAUCACCGACGCCUUCCGGACGCAGCUCCACGAGCUCACGGCCGCGCGGCCGCAGUUUCCGCCCGCCAUGGCCAUGGACAUUGCCAGUGGCCAGCAACACCAGGACGCGCCGUCUCCUGUCCAGCUGUGGACCGCCGUCUCGGCCGCCCACGAGCAGUAUGUCGAGCUCAGCCUCAGCGAGAUGACCUUUUCCGCCGCCGACAGCCCCAGCGCGGCCGAUGCGCCCACCACCGAGGAGGGAUCCACCACAUCGACCGAGACUGACGUCGACCGCGUCCAGUGCUACUGGCGCUCCGUCCACGCCAUCCGCGCCCUCUGCGAUGCCCUGCUGGACGGCGUCCCGCCCACCGCCUUUGCCGGCGUCUCCUUUAUGGUCUGGGCCCAGCUGUUCCGCGCCGUCGUCACCCUCGUCCGCCUGUCGACGCUGCCGCCCCGGGCGCCUCGUGUCGACGUGGCCAUUGACGCCCGCGCCGUCCGCGCCACCGUCGACUUGCUCGACGUCCUGGACCGCUUUGCCGAGCGGCUCAAGAGCGCCGCCGCCGGUCUUGGCCGUGGUCUGUGGCGGGGCCCGCAGCGCCAGAUUGACGACGUUUUUGGGCGCAUGGCCCACCUGGUGCGUGUCCUCCGGGCCGCCGUGGCCACGCGGCUGGAAACGACUGCGGUGGAUGGGGAUGGGGAUGCGGAUGCGGAUGGGCACAGUCGCCUUGCAGCGAACGACACGGCCGAGCCCCCGCCAUGGCACCUUGUCGAGACGGUGAUGGGGCAGACGACGGUUGGCUGGGGCGACAUUUGGCUCGAGGGCAUGUUCCCGCGGUUCUAG